AUGGCAGAAGGAGAAUUUGCGGUAGCGGUGAUAUCGGAACCAUACAAGAUACCGUUAAAUCACCCUCACUGGACCGGAAACGCCGAUAAAUCGGUCGCAAUAACAUGGAGGCGUACAUACAUUCCAAUGCCAUGUACACCGCUUAAAAGUGGCAAACACUAUGCCUCGAUAAGAUGGGGCGAUAUGAUCCUGAUUGGUACAUAUCUUCCCCCUAGCCUGGAUGUGAGACAAUUUGAGGAAGCGCUCGAAGAAAUGGAGGAAGAGAUCUUACAAAUGGAUAACUCUCCGUUAUACGUUAUGGGAGACUUCAACUCCAAAGCUGCUCUGUGGCAAUCAAAGACCACAGACGUACGCGGCAAGAUUGUUGUAGAAUGGGCAAGCCGUCUAGGGAUAUGCUGCCUCAACCAUGGAGGAAGAAGCACGUGCGUUAGACAUACAGGGGAAUCAAUAGUCGAGCUUUCACUUGCUUCUCCAGUAGCAGCCAGAAGAGUCGUAUCAUGGGAAGUCUCAGAUCGAGAGAGCAAAACAGAUCACAGAUACAUCGAGAUCAAGAUCAGUAACACCAGGAUGCAAAGAACGAAAGAGCGUCUUCCGCAACCCAAGAGAUGGGCAGUCAAACAAAUGAACAAAGAUAUGUUAUCAGCAGCUAUAAUAGCUAGCUGCUGA